AUGAGGAAUGUUCUGGGUACAGCAGGACUUUUAGGUUCCGUGUCGGUGGCCUUUAGCUCCAUGUUUUGGUCACAACAGAAGACCGACUCGACACCAGAGUCUUCAGAUACCCCCUCUUCUGACACAAACUCUGGUUCUACCUAUGAACUCAAACUGGUCCAGGUUUUGUUCCGGCACGGCGCUCGAACGCCACUAAAGUCAAUCCCCGACGUGAUGGAGGCCCAGUGGGUCCCAACACUCCUGGAACCACCACCCCACACACACAUCAACUACACGGUGACAGAUCUGCAGGGUGGACCCAGGCCUCCGGCUCCUGUCGAGGACAACUAUCGGAAGAACAUACUGAGCGGUGGCACGUUCCCCGGUCAGCUGACCACCCUGGGCAUGCAGCAGCUGUACGAGCUGGGUCAAAGGUUGAGGAGGAAAUAUGUUGAGGACAGAGCCUUCCUGAGCCCCAUCUACAGCCCUGAUGAGGUCUAUGUGCGCUCUACUAACAUUGUGAGGACCAUUGAAUCUGCCAAGUGCCUGGUAGCCGGGCUUUUCCAGCAAAAACAAAAAGAAACGGUGCCUAUUUUAACAACCGAGGGAGAAACUGAAAUUCUCUAUCCGAACUACUACGGAUGCAAGCUGCUCAAAAUUCUUUGCAGCCACCGCUGGGCCGAGUCGUCCACUCUGCCAGGCAUUGCUGCAGACCUGCAGAGCAUCCAGAGCGCACUGGGGAUCGCAGCUCACCAGCGCGUCGACUUCAUCCUCAUUAGGGAUGACAUGGUUGCCAGAGAGACGCAUGGGCUUCCAAACCCGCCGGUGCUGAACUCCUGGAAGAACACGGUGGAGCAGAGAGCUGUGGACAUGAUGUACCACAUCUUUGAUCCCAGUAAAAAGGAGAACCUGCAGCUGUGUGUUGGACCCCUCCUGGAGGUACUGGGGGAAAACAUUGAGAAGAAACUGCAGGGCAUCUCAUCAGAGUCAGACAGGAAGUUGUUUCUGUACUCGGUGCACGACACCACUCUGAUCCCCUGCCUCAUGGCUCUGGGCAUUUUUGACAUGAGAUGGCCACCGUACGCUGCGGACAUCACUCUGGAGCUGCACCAAAACAGACAGACCAGCGAAGCCUUUGUUAAGGUGUCAUACGCAGGACAGGAUCAACUUAUCCCAGGUUGUAGUGGAGUCUACUGCCCCCUGCAGGAGUUUAAACAGGUCCUGUCUGCGCACUCGCUCAGCUCUGAACUCUAUCGCUCACGUUGCAACAACCCAGAAGGUCGGACUGAAAUCUGAACCUUCAGCAAGCUGCUCAGAUGUUACACU